AUGGUAGAUGCUGGUGAGAAUUAUACUUCUACAUUGAAAAGAGAAUUUUCUGAAGAAGCGUUAAAUUCUACAACAGCUUCACCAAAAGAAUUAGAAGCUAUUGUAAAACGUGUCGAUGAUGCUUUUCAUCAUGGAGUUGAGAUUUACAAAGGUUACGUAGAUGAUCCACGGAAUACAGACAAUGCAUGGAUGGAAACGGUGGCAGUGAAUUUUCACGAUGAUCAUGGUGAUUGUUUAGCACUGUUCCCGCUGACUGCAGGUGAUGAUGCUGAAGCUGUACGUUGGACCGAUAUCAGCUCUGAUCUACAACUCUAUGCAAAUCAUCGUGAUUUUAUUCAAUUAGUUGCUGAAUUAAGAAAUGCCCAAUGGUAG